CUCAUUCUUACGGUCCAGCUCUAUUGGAGUAUAUGUAUCAUGCAGCUUCGAUGUAUACUUUAGCUCAGUGUCGGGCAUGUUCUACUUUUCAGAAAAUCAAUUAGACUCGACACGACAAAGCUACUCAUGGAGGAGAUUGUAACUGUGGAUGCAGAUGCAGAUGCAAAUGCCCAAGGAAUUGACCCUAUGAAGCAUGGCAAUCUACUUUAUACAACUCCAGGCAUCUGUUAUGAUUCUUUUCAUUCAGAUCCAUCGGCCCCCCCUGGCCCGGAUAAAACCCCGCGCUUAAGCAAAGGCCUGCCAAGGCGGAGGAGUAUAUAUCGAUUUCAGAGAUCAGGACCAAGGACUGCACCAAUAUUCAUUCCUAAUGCUUUGCCUGGAUAUCCUGACCGACAUGAAACGCUGGAUCCCAUGCAAAGAUGGCAGCAGUCUCCGCCUGAGGACGAACCGGCAUCGCUGUCAGCCAUACACAAUGCGAUAAGGAAUGCCUCCAAUGUGGAGCCCAAUCUCGACCGCCGACCUUCCCAGCAAGGCUCUGGAAGCCUUGACUCUUUCCGCAGCUACGCUCGAGCUGCUUCCACAACCAGCUUCGACAGCAGGAGCACGUCAUCCAAGCAGUCUCUCAGCUCAGCACACUCUGCGGCGUCUGAGGAAGGAUUUGGCGCACUGCGGCAUAAACGGCACGGACGAGUCUCAAAGUCGAGGUGUAAAAGAGGCGACAAAAUGAAAGAGCGGCGGCGUUUUCAAUGUACCUUUUGCUGCGACACGUUUCGAACAAAGUACGACUGGGCGCGGCACGAAAAGUCCCUCCACAUGUACCUGGAAGAAUGGGUCUGCGCGCCCCAUGGGAACUCUAUAUUUUCUCCGGCUUCCGGCCGGAUUCAUUGUGCAUUUUGCAAUGCGUUGGAUCCUAGUCCUGAACAUCUUGACGCGCACAACUACAAAUCCUGCCGGUCGGAGAGCACUCUGCCGCGCUCGUUCAAGCGAAAAGACCAUCUAGUCCAACAUCUUCAACUGACGCACAAGCUCGAAACAAUACCCAAUAUUGAGGACUGGAAGGUGAAAGCACCCGACAUUGCUUCACGUUGCGGUUUUUGUAAUUUGCAUUUGUCAAAUUGGCAAAACCGGGCUGAUCAUCUGGCAGCUCAUUUUCGCCAGGGAUCGACCAUGGACGACUGGCAUGGAGAGCAUGGCUUUGAGCCUUCGAUCGCGGCGAAAGUCGUCAAUGCACUUCCGACGUACCUCAUUGGGCCUGAGUCUCGCAGUCUGGUUCCCUUUUCUGCCACGAGCCCAGGGUGCAAAGACCAUUUUGCACAGAUUACUUCCCGCCUAGAUACUGCAGAAAAUGUUCCAAGAGGCACAGACAGCCUAGCGGCGAUGAGCUCCCUGGAAGAACCCAGGGUGAAUCUAUCUCAGCUUGAUACAUUUGGAAAAGUUCUUACCCUGCACUUGGGGCAGUAUGCUCGAGAACAAAUGACAAAGGGGGUUCUUCCUACGGAUGACAUGUUUCAACGAGAGGCACGGAAGGUGUUAUUCGACUGUGAAGAUUCGUGGAAUCAAACUAUCGUCGAUAAUCCAGAAUGGAUGGCAUCUUUCCGACGACAACAUGGGUGGGAGAAUAGCAAUACCGAGCCAGAACGUAGCGCAAGCUCAUUCGAGAGAUGA